AUGAGGUGUGGUUCCAAGACUCCAACGGAAGGCAUUCGUCCAGCGGUUACCCGCCUGGAGCUGAGAGAGGAGAUUCAGGAGCAGCUGGAUGCAUUUCGACAGCUAGUCGUUGAGGACAUCGGCCUGCGAUUGCAGGAUGCUUUGUCGAUGCCGUCAGCUCCACCGUGGCAGGCCAAACCCCACAAGCCAAGGAAGAAGUCCGAGAUCUUGGCUCGCCCUCCUGAGCUGACAAGUCCAGAGACUUGCCCAGAGGAUGAGGACAUGGCUGAGAUCACGAAGAAGGGCUUUAGGAAGAAUAUUGAGUCGACGGCAGCUGCAGCAAUGGAGUCAAUGAUCCAAAGUCGGAGUCGCGGCGAGUACUCCUUGGUAUCCGGCGAGUCCAUUGAGGAUGCUCUGAUGGCAGACAGCGCAGGUCAUCUGCAGAUGAGGCAUCAGCUUGUGCCAGAUUCCGACAGAAAGUGGCUCGAGGACAGCGAAGUACCGUCCUCCUCAAGCCGGCAGCUUUGCUGCUCCGGGGGGCCAUCGGUCUUGCCGGAGACUCUAACAUCAAGGCUGAGAGGUCUUGUGGAGUCGGACGAAUUCGGCUAUGCUAUCACCGCACUUGUCAUGGUGAACGCGAUCCUUAUUGGUUUCGAGACUGACUACACGGCUCAGCAUGGAGGCGAUCGCAAGAUGCCUGGCUCGAAGAUAUUGGGACGGGUCUUCUGCUAUGUCUUCACUGCGGAAGUUGCCAUGAGGGUCUUGGUCCUGGGCGGCCGGGAUUUUUUCAUGGGCAGUGGCUGGAGAUGGAAUCUCUUCGACUUUCUCGUGGUUGGCUUGCAAUGGGCAGAGGAGGUUGUUGAUUGGAUUUCUGUUGGCACCGGCCGUGGCCACGUCCUGAACUUGGGCUUCCUGCGCAUCCUUAGGACUUUGCGUGUGGUUCGCAUCAUGCGCCUUGCGCGCAUCCUACACUUGGUUGUGGAGCUCCGUACCAUGGUCUCCUCCAUCGUGGCGUCGCUGAAACCGCUCUUUUGGGCCACACUGCUUUUCUCUAUGCUCAUCUACGCGGUCGCCGUCGCGAUGACACAGAUGGCAAAUGAGUUCAGGGCAGAGAAUCGCGGCGUGGAUACCGAGUUGAACAGGUAUUUCAGUAGUCUGGGCACAGCGGCCUUGGCGCUGUGGGAGUGUAUUUCCGGUGGGAUGGAUUGGCAGGACCUCGCGCAACCGAUGAUUGAGAAUGUCUCCCCCAUCAUGGGCUUGUUUUUUUCUGCAUAUGUUGCUUUUUCUAUGCUGGCGAUGAUGAAUGUCAUUACAGGUAUUUUUGUGGACAAUGCCAAGACCUAUGCGCAGCAAGACAAGGACACCUUUGUUGUGCGACACGUGCUCAAUCUCUUCAAACAGAGCAAUUUGGGCGAGUCCACUGCUAUUGAUUGGAUUGACUUCCAGGCGAAAUUGGAUACGCGCGAGCUACAGGAGCUUUUUGCUGCAGUGGAGGUCGACGUGGCAGAUGCGAGGAGUCUAUUCAAGCUCAUUGAUACUGAUAACAGCGGCAGCGUUACACCAGAGGAGCUGAUGAGAGGCUGGCUCCGGCUCCAGGGCCCGGCGAAGGCAUUGGACUUGGCCUUGUUGCUGCGCGACUGCACAAGAAGCUUUGACUCCACCCAGAGGCAACUACAUGACCUUCGCGUGGGUGUGUCGUGGCUUCUUCGGUCAAUGGAAACCAGCUUGUUCCCAGAUGAUCCUACCUCUCCGCAGCUUGAGCACGCGCCAGCAGAUCUGCUCCAAGAGCCUGUCAGAUCUUUCACGUUGACGCCGGAUCCUAGUCCAACGCCAAGGAAGGGGGAGCUCCGACCACCAUCUCCUGUUGGCUUUCCCAGUCCGCGGUUGCCUGGAUCCCGCAGCUCGGGUUUCGGCCUUGCCCCGGAGCGAGGACGCGAUGGACAGAACUACAAGUACCAGGUGUUGCCGCAAAGCUGA